GAAAGAUUUACGACAAUACUAAUGUAUUACUUGUCUACAAUGUAAGUGUAAGGUACAAUUAUCAGAUUGUUACCGGUAGCUGAUCUACAAUUAAAUGUAUCGCAUCCUAGUUCAGUAAUUGUCAUGUGUAUGUGUGUGGUGGUGUUAAUGUACGCACGCUUGGGGGUGUUCCUGUGUGCGUUUAUAAAUAGGUAAGUGGUGGUCGACGCGACUCGUCUUCAUCUAGCCUCAACCUUCAAAUGGACAAGCUUGUUGUUUUUGUUUAAUUUUUUUAAGUGUGUUUGGGGUUGUAUUGUGACGUGACUACAUGUGGUGUUAGAUAAUAAUCAUGGAUAAAGCGCUUGCUGUAUUGAUCCUCUUGGCAAAUUUGUUAUCAACCAAUUGUCAAGAAGGGAAAUUUGUAGACGAUCAAAAUGAAGAUACGACGGACUUAGGAAAAUCAAGAUACUCGUUCAGCUAUGGAGUUGCUGAUGGCAAAACUGGAGACGUUAAGAGCGUAUGGGAGUCAAGAGAUGGUGACACUGUUACAGGUCACUACAGUGUAGUAGAACCAGAUGGCUCCACAAGAACCGUUCAAUACUCUGCAGGACCAAAUUCAGGAUUCCAAGCUAUUGUUAACACUGACAAUCCAGAAUUAGAAAAUGAAGAAAUUGGAAGAAGCAUAAUGGAAGAGAAAGCUAUGAGAGACUAUGAAAGAUAUUAUGAUUUUUCAGAAGACCCGGACGAAGAAUACUAUGAAAGGAAAAGACCAAAAAGACCCCAUGAGUUGGUGCGUAAAGAACACUCAAGUAAGAAGAGAACAAAAUAUCCGUCGUAUGCAGAUCAGCCGCUAGAUUCAGAACCAAGUGAAUACACUCACAGCAUUUCAAUUAAGCAUCCACGUGAUGAUCCCUCCGAAUUCGAGCCGCAAAGUCACGUAGGUUACAGUUUCGACCCAAAUUGCAAAACUAAAACUAGAAAAGAAAGCCAUGACAGCAGAGAUAAUUUGUAUUCUAAUAUCGUGGAUCUUGAAUUGAAUAAGAAGUACCCCAGUUACUCCCAAGAUUCCUACAGAGACAGUUACGAUAAAUUUGCUGAACCAAGUUCCGAUAUGGACAGAUACGUGAAAUAUUAUGGAAAUGGAAACUUUAAAGGUCAUAAAUAUGACGAUGUUGGCAUGCACAGCAAACCUCCCACAAAAUAUACAUUCCCUAUAAUACCAGAUGCUCCUCUGGCUGAGAAAUAUUAUCCAGACGAUGUUCCUACUAGACCUAAAAAGAAGAGACCUUAUAAACCGAGGGAACCAGAACAUCGUUAUCCUACCGAUGAUAGCAACGAAUAUGUUUUGGUUCCUAAGAGAAAGCUGAAGAAUCCUAACCCUACUGCCGAAACCUACGAUUACAGAUUACCUGAGGAUGAAUACGAACGUCCACAGUUUUCUAGCAAUUACGACGAUACAUCACAAGACGAUAGGUACCCUCCACGAGGAUCGGCCCCUAAAGAGGUCGUACGAAAAAUUGUGAAGAAACGAAAACCUGUUGUCAACCUGUUAGAUAUAUUCGACAUUUAAGUUAUUUGUUUUAAAUACAAAUUAGAUUACUUGUAAUUGUGACUAUUUGGACCUAAGAAUUAAGACUGUAAUUGUAAGUAAGAUAAGUAUUGAUAGGAUAAACGACUAAUGUAAACUUUAAAAAACUUAGUAAAACCGACUGAAGUGAAUUUAUUAACCAAAUUAUUUAUUGUUAUUACUAUUGAUUAAUUAGGGAGAGAGAAGACUCCGUGGAAUCAUCGUUAGGAUAAACAAAAAUGAUUUUG